UGGAAAAAGAAGAAGAGAACAAAGAAAAAAAUCUAGAAGAAUCGAAGAAGAGUAACAAGGAAAAAAAUCUAGAAGAAUUGAAUAAGAGAACAAAAAUCUGUUGCGAAGAAGAGGAAAAAAAAUCUGAAAGCAAGAAGAAGAAGAAGAAUCGAAGAAGAAGAGGAGGAAGAUCGAAGCUAAACUUACUGGAAUCAACACCUUCAUAUUUCUUUUCUACGUAUUUCUUUUAUGUGAAGGAGAGGAGGAGGAAGAUCGAUGAAGAAGGAGUCUCUGUUCUGCAAAGGAGAUGAUGAGAUGAUCGACUGAAACCAGGAAGUUUAGGAACCCUAGUUUUAAUUUGUUUCAAGUUUUAUUUAUUACAAAAGAACCCCAAAUUUAUAUAAUUUUUUUAAAUAGACAAAAAUUUGCUCCGGUACCCAAAAACGUAACCAUGGCGUAUCCAUCAUUAUACUGAUCGCAUACCACGUACCUGGUGUGUUUUUGGCAUACUCGGUAUGCGUGCAGCCGUACCAGUAUGCGUACUCGCACCCAGUAAGUCUCCGGUAUUUAUACAGCAACAUUUUUGGAGUACCCGUGCUUCAUAGUCUAUAGUGCAUAUUUUCUGUGAUGUACAAAUGUAGUAUUGGUUACACUUAUUAUGUGCUGUGACAGAAGAUGCUAACCGAGCUAUUGAGUUGAAAAAUGGUUCAUCUGUUGGAGGCCGGAAAAUAGGAGUUAAACAUGCCAUGCAUCGUGCUCCACUGGAGCAACGUCGAUCAAAGGGAAAUCAAGUAGUUCACUCAGAUGAUCCAAUCAAGACAGAGGAUGACAAGGGUGAUUUUUCAUCUGGGGUAGUCAAGCAUGAGCUGGCUUCAAAAUCUCAAGAAACAGAUUCAAAAUUUGAAGCAAUAGUUGAAUCUGCAAAACCUAGGAAAGCAACAGCAACAGCAGUUUUGAAGGAGAUAACUAAUGAAGGAAGAGGUUCAGAAAAGCAGAGGGUUGCUAGGACAGUCAUAUUGGGUGGGCUUCUUAAUGCUGAUAUUGCAGAGGAUGUUCACCGUCAUGCCAGAGAAUGUGGUACUGUAUGUUCUGUAACUUACCCCCUUCCAAAGGAAGAGCUGGAACACCACGGGCUUGCUCGAGAUGGGUGCAGAAUGGAUGCUUCAUCUGUACUUUAUACAAGUGUCAAAUCAGCUCGUGAUUGUGUUGCAAUGUUACACAAAAAAGAGAUUAGUGGAGGAUUUGUUUGGGCACGCCAACUAGGUGGAGAGGGUUCCAAGACUCAAAAAUGGAAGCUUAUUGUCAGAAACCUUCCAUUUAAGGCUACUGUUAAUGAGAUAAAAGAUAUGUUUUCAUCAGCAGGCUUUGUAUGGGAUGUAUUUAUCCCAAAAAAUUCUGAGACGGGGUUUUCAAAGGGAUUUGCAUUUGUUAAGUUCACAUGCAAGCAGGAAGCAGAAAAUGCCAUUCAGAAGUUUAAUGGGAAAAAAAUUGGUAAAAGACCCAUUGCCGUUGAUUGGGCUGUUUCAAAGAAAAUGUAUGAAACCGGUGCUCAUUCAGUUGCUUCAGAAGAUGGACAACAGAAUGGAAACGAAAAGGAUGACGACGGUAGUAGUGAUGAUUUGGAGGAUAGUGAUGCGGAUAAUGUUGAAAAUACCCAACAAUCUGAUGGGGUUGAAAUUGCUUCCGAGGACUCUGAUAUGAUAGAAAAAGAAGACAACCCUCCUAAAUUUGAUUUUGACGAGGAAGCAGAUGUUGCAAGGAAAGUUCUUAAGAAUUUGGUCUCAUCCUCAACUAAAGGAAUGCCUUCUCUCGAUUGUGAUUCCAACCUAUCCAAGGGAAAUGAGCUUGAUGAAAACAAUGAUGUACCCAACAAGCCAUCUGGUGGGUCUGCUAAUCUAUCAGAUAUAACAAAACCUGUUAAUUCUGAAAAAAUCAAACAGACAAAUCUUAAAGAGGCAAAUGUAGAAGAUUUGCAGAGAACAAUUUUCAUAAACAACCUUCCAUUUGACGUUGAUAAUGAAGAAGUGAAGCAACGUUUUUCUGGAUUUGGAGAAGUGCAGUCCUUCAUUCCUGUUCUUCAUCAAAUCACCAAGCGACCAAGAGGAACUGGAUUUCUGAAGUUUAAGACAAUUGAUGCUGCGGAUGCAGCAUUUUCAGCAGCCAAUGCUGCAGCUGGUUUGGGAAUCUUGCUAAAAGGUAGACAGUUGAAAGUUUUGAGGGCUUUGGACAAGAAAGCAGCUCAUGAUAAGGAUUUGGAGAAGACCAAAAAGGAGGAUCAUGACCACCGCAAUCUUUACCUUGCAAAGGAAGGUCUUAUAGUUGAGGGGACUCCAGCUGCUGAAGGUGUUUCAGCUAGUGACAUGUUGAAGCGCCAAUCGUUGGAAAAGAAAAAGGCGACUAAGCUUCAAUCUCCAAACUUUCAUGUUUCAAAGACGAGACUUAUUAUAUACAAUAUACCGAAGUCAAUGACUGAAAAAGUGCUUAAGAAGCUUUGUAUGGAUGCAGUUACAUCUCGGGCUACCAAGCAAAAACCUGUGAUUCGACAGAUAAAGUUUUUGAAGGAUUCAAAGAAAGGGGAGGUUGUCAAGCAGAACCAUUCGCGUGGAGUCGCUUUUGUUGAGUUUACAGAGCAUCAACAUGCACUUGUGGCUUUAAGAGUUCUCAACAAUAAUCCUGAAACUUUUGGCCCAGAGCAUCGUCCAAUUGUGGAGUUUGCUCUUGAUAAUGUUCAAACAUUGAAACUCCGUAAAAGUAGGCUUGAAACACAACAGCAGGGUUCGCGAGAUGAUGCACAAGUUGUACAAGUUGUACAUCAAAAUAAUGAUUCACAUGCCCAUCCAAACAACUCAAGAAAACGUAAAUCCGAAGGUGACGUUAAAUCAUGGAAGGCUUCUAAAACUGAAAAAGAAGACGAAAUGGAAAAAAAAGUAAUGCAGGGAGCUGCCAGUGGAGAAGGCAGAGCUACUAAGAAGCCGAAGAGUGAUCACACAAGAGGAAGUGGAAACAAGUUUUCAUCAGAGAAAAAGCAGGAACACUCAAAACAGAGGUUAAAGAAUCACCAACAUGGAGGAAAUUUUGAGGAUCAGAAAUCACUCCGAGGUGAAAAUAAGGGGAUUAAUGCUCUUAAGCCCCAAUCUUUUGGUGAAGGGGAUCUGCAAACGAGCAAGUGGAAAUCAAGAGAUCAGACCGAACAACAGAAGGAAGGUAUUAGUUUGAAGAAAAGAAAAAGGGGAAAAAACAACAAAGAAGCACUAGGGCAAGAUGCAGCAGACAAACUUGACAUGCUCAUUGAACAAUAUAGAAACAAGUUUUUGCAGCACGGUUCUGGCAAAACGAAUGGUGAAAAGCAAAAUUCUAGACAGCUUAGAAGAUGGUUCGAAUCUUGAUUCUGUUACAGUUUUUGUAGCCUUUUUGUGAGGAGUUGAUGAUGCAGAUUAUUAACUCUGGAUUUGUUAAAAGUUUUGACGAUUUUGAGGAAACCCUAGAAUUAAGCAAUCUGUUGUGUGUACACGUCAUCUAUUCCUUAUUUCUGUUACAAUUUUUGUAGUCUUCUUGCGAGGGGUUGAUGAUGCAAAUAAUGAACUGUGGAUUUGUUGAAGGUUUGACAAUUUUGAGGAACACUGAAUUAAGCAAUCUAUAGUGUACAAAUUCUCUGU